AUGGCCAGUCCGUUGCAGUUCGCCUACCGAACCCAGAAGGCCAUCGGCGUCUUUGAUGCCGACCCUGUCUACGAAGCCCUUCCUGGAUUCACCAAGCCCGCCGAAGGGAAUCUCCGGUGCUGUGUCUACUCGGGAUGCGGCCGCUACUUUGCCUACGCCACUAACGAGGGCGUCGUCAUCGUCGACGCGUCCGUCGGCCACGUCUUGACUUCGCUGCCCAUCACUACCGUCUACGAUCUCAGCUUCUCCCCCCACGGUACCUACUUGAGCACCUGGGAACGCCCCGCCAAGGAUGAGAAUGGCGAUGCGACCAAGAACCUCAAGAUCUGGCGCACCAUCGAGGAGCUCGCCGAUGAUGCCGAGAAGCAGCCCAUUGGCAAGUUCGUCCAAAAGUCUGCUAACGGCUGGAACCUGCAGUACACGGAGGACGAGCGUUUCUGCGCGCGCAUCGUCACCAACGAGGUCCAGUUCUACCAGAGCGACGAUCUCGGUACCGUGUGGAACAAGCUGCGCGUUGAGGGUGUCUCCGACUUUGCCCUCGCGCCCGGCAAGAACCAGAACGUUGCCGUCUUUGUUCCUGAGCGCAAGGGACACCCCGCCUCCGUCAAGGUCUUCAACGUUCCCCAGUUCACCAGUCCGAUUUCGCAAAAGACUUUCUUCAAGGCCGACAAGGUCCAGCUCAAGUGGAACCAGCUCGGAACUGCUCUGAUUGUGCUGGCGCAAACAGAGGUUGACAAGUCCAACAAGAGCUACUACGGCGAGACCAACAUGUACCUCCUGAGCGCCAACGGCUCGUUCGACGCUCGCGUCACUCUUGACAAGGAGGGCCCUAUCCACGACGUGUCGUGGUCUCCCAACUCAAAGGAGUUCGGUGUUGUGUACGGCUACAUGCCCGCGAAGACCACCAUCUUCAACCAUCGUGCCGUCGCCACCCACUCCUUCCCUCUUGGUCCCCGUAACACCAUCAUCUUCUCGCCUACUGGCCGGUUCGCCUUGGUUGCCGGUUUCGGUAACUUGGCUGGUCAAAUCGAUGUUUACGACCUCGAGAAGGAUUACCGCAAGAUCACUACCAUUGAAAGCGGCAACCCUAGUGUCUGCACUUGGUCUCCCGACAGCCGUUACAUCUUGACGGCCACCACUUCUCCCCGUCUUCGUGUCGAUAACGGCAUCAAGCUCUGGCACGUUGGUGGCGGCAUCAUGUAUAACGAGGACAUGGUUGAGUUGUACAACGUCAUCUGGCGCCCUGUUCCUGCUGCCAGCCUUCCCAACGUUGACCCGCUGCACCCCAUUCCCACUCCUCACCCUUCGGCUUUGGCCUACCUUGGUACUGUCAAGACGCCUUCCAAGCCUGUCGGUGCUUACCGCCCGCCCGGCGCCCGCGGUUCUUCCACUCCUCUUCACUUCAAGCGUGAGGAUGAGGGAGGUGCUGCUCACUCGGUUAGCAACGGCGUGCCUCAGGUCGGUCCUAAUGGGUUCGGCCGCCCGCGCCGUCAGAUCCCUGGCGCCGAGUUUGCCGAGCCGGCGAAACCUUCUGUUCCUGGCGCCGUUGUGGACGAUGAGAACUUGUCCAAGACUGCCCUGAAGAACAAGAAGAAGCGCAACAAGAAGACCAAGGAGGCGGGUGAGGGCGCGACUACUCCUAAUGAGGGUGGUCUGGCCCCUCCCCGCGAGUCUGGCGACGGCCGCAGCCCCGAUCGCAGCCACCAGCGUCACCACUCGCGCAGCCAGUCGCGCAGCAACAACCUGGCUGUCCGCACCCAGAACAACCACCGCAGCCGCUCGAACGUGCGCCAGUCUCCUGCUCCUGCUCAGCAGGUUGCCCCGGUCGUUGACGCCGCCACAGCGGCUGCCCAGAGCGCCAAUGCCAAGAAGAUCAGGUCUCUCCAGAAGAAGAUCCGUGCCAUUGAGGACCUCGAGAUGAGGCAUGCUGGUGGCGAGAAGCUGGAGGAUACCCAGCUGAAGAAGAUCGCCACCAAGUCCUCCGUGAUUAAGGAGCUGGAGGCUCUGGAAAAGGAGGGUCACUAA